AUGAUCAACCCGCGUUCAAGAUACCUUGCUAAAUCGUCUUCGGUUCCAAAACAAAGGCUCAAUAUCCAAAUAAGCGAUUCAGGGGAAACGUCCGAUUCGGAUCAGUCGUACACUGACGACGAAGGCUCCUCUGGUGUUGAUGUUUCUCCGCCAUCCGUCUCAGGCAGCCACCAAGAGUUUGGUGAAUGGGCGGAAUUGUCAUACCCUGAUGAGCUAGGAUCCUCGGAUGUAACAUCUCAUUCUCGCGCUUCCCGUCAUAGUCGUGAUCGUGGUGUCUUGCCGGCUUCUCGCUCUAGAUCUGGCCGACGAUACUCGCGCAGGGACGUUCGUCCACAGAGAGAAGCGUUUCACCAAAGGACACAGCGCCGUCAUCGGUCGCCUGAAUCUCCUGAUAGCGCAGAUUCGGCGGAAGAUCUUGUAGAGGAUUACGGUCAUCAUCGACCGGAUAGAAGGGCGUGGCCMCCUGCCGCUGCCGCUGCCGUCGGCGGAUACGCUCAGAGUUCAUCAUCGGGACCUUCCUAUAAUGUGUUUCCGAACGGAACAGCUGCACAUCAACCACCGCAUUAUCCUCAUCUCGGUGCCGCACUUCCGCCAUCAGAUCAAUUAGUUCGCUUUGGUCCUCUGGCUCACAUGGGGCGCUCAGGCCAAUAUGGAAAUACAUCACCGCCUUAUGGCUACGGUGGUGGCUCUCAUUUUCCUCCACCCCACGCUGGAGGCAUGCCACCUUUUUUUGGUCACGAUCAAUUACCUGGUCACCCUGGCCCUCAUCCCGCGCAUCUUCCACCACACCAGCCGCGCGAUCGAAGUCGGGGACAAAGUCCACCAGAACCCCCACCACUAUCCCAUAUGGUCCCACAUCACAGCAAUGCACAUUUUGGCGGCCCCCCCUUUAGCAGCCCUGACUUGAUUCCGUAUGGCGCAAAUGGAUAUAUGCCCUUCAAUCCAAAUUUCCCGCCGAUGCCUCCUGGGAUGCUCAGUCACCCGUUAUUCGCGCCAAUUCCUCGUCAACCCGAGUCCCCAUCGUCGACUUCCCAUUCAGAAACUGCAAAAGAGGCAAAGGAGGUGAAUGAUGCCAAGGAUGAGGCGAUUGCUAGACUAGAGAAACUGAUAUUGGACGAACGCGCAGAGAGAGAGGCGAGGGAUGCAGCUCGUGAAGCUGCUAUUGCGAAAGCUGCGGCAGACAAAUUGGCGGCGGAAGAAAGGGCGGCUGCAGAAAAGAAGAUUGCAGAUGAAGCGGCAGCAAAUGCGAGAGCCGCAGCAUUGGCAGAGGCAGAGCAGAAGGCUGCAGAGGCAGCUGUCGCAGCUCAGAAGGCCGCUGAGGAAUUAGCCGCAGCGGCGGCGGCAGAAGCUAGAAAGAGUGCCGAGGAAGCUGCGGCUGCGGCUGCUGAAGAGGCAAAGAAGGCUGCAGAUGAAGCUGCUGCGGCCGCCGCUGCGGCUGCUGCUGCUGAAGCAACAAAGGCCGCUGAGGAGGCCGCAGCAAAAGCUGCGGCGAAGCCCCCACCCGAGAAGAAGAAACCUAUCAAAUUCAAAGACGCCGUUGGAAGAAAGUUCAACUUCCCUUUUCACCUAUGUGCCACUUGGCAGGGAAUGGAGGAGCUGAUUCGUCAAGCAUUUUUGCAUGUCGAAGUCAUCGGACCUCACGUUGCAGAAGGGCACUACGACCUCGUUGGACCGAGUGGUGAUAUUAUCUUACCACAAGUCUGGGAGACCGUUGUAGAACCUGACUGGACCAUAACCAUGCAUAUGUGGCCGAUACCCGAGAAGCCAAAAGAACCCGAUCAACCUCCAGCAGAGGAGGCCGCUGCGCCACCGCCAGAGGAGCCCAAAAAGAAAGCGGACGCUGCAGCUGCGGCAGCGAAGAAGCCAAAGGCAUCUAGAGCUGAAGCUGGCUCAUUUGCGAUGUGGAUGAUGGGUAACAAUCGACCAAAACCGAAGCAGCCUUUAAAAGCGUGA